AUGACGACAUCUCUAGGGCUUUAUAAGGACCUACAAAACAGAGCACCCAGCAGAACCAGCAGUACCCAGCAGACCCAGCAGAACCCAGCAGGACCCAUCAGAACCAGCAGCAGGACCCAUCAGAACGCCAUCAGAACCCAGGACCCAGCAGACCCAGCAAACCCAGUAGAACCCGCAGAACCAGCAGGACCCAGCAACCCACCCAGUAGCCAUCAGAACCCAGCAGAACCCAUCAGGACCCAACAGAACCCAUCAGGACCCAGCAGAACCCAUCAGGACCCAGCAGGACCAGCAGAACCAGCAGGACCCAACAGAACCCAGCAGUACCCCAGCAUCAGAACAGCAGGACCCAGAACCAGCAGGACCCAGCAGAGACCCAGCAGGACCCAUCAGAACCCAGCAGGACCAGCAGAACAGCAGGAAGACCCCGAGAUAGAAUCUGAGCAGCGAUAG